CAAAUUUGUAAAUCUUUGUGACACAAAAUUAUUACAUUUGGAGCAAUUUGAUCAAUUGGAUUUUGGAGUCUCAUGCUUGCUCAUGCUGCGCAUGUGCACGAGUGGAAGCUAAAGUGUCUUUUCUGUCUCUUUUGACGCGUGGACGUUCGGUGAUAAGGAUGGCUCCGAGAUACGAGUUGGCCGUUGGCCUCGACAAGGGUCACAAAACGACAAAGAUCCGCGUGGCUAAAAGCAAAUCCGAGAAAGAAAAGACCGUCUGUCUGCGACCAUCUAGGCUAAAAGGGAAGCAAACCAAGCACAGCAAGUUUGUGAGGGAUCUGAUCCGAGAAGUCACGGGACAUGCUCCUUAUGAGAAGCGCGCCAUGGAAUUGUUGAAAGUGUCAAAAGACAAACGCGCCCUGAAAUUCUUGAAAAGAAGGUUGGGUACACACAUUCGUGCCAAGAGGAAGCGAGAAGAACUUGGAAAUAUCCUGGUACAGAUGAGAAAAGCAGCUGCUCAUCAUUGAUUAUACUUAUUAAGAUUAUAAAACCUAUAAUACUUGAAUAAAUCAACAUCAAUUUCGAUAAAUCGAGUAUUAUUUAAGAAUUUGAAUACUCUAUGCUUUUCACUUUCCACUGUGCUAACCACUUUCAAAUAAAUCAUAUAAUCAAAAAA